CACCAGAGUUGUUUGCAUAGCAACGCGAGCAUAGCUUACAAGAAAGAGUUCUCGAUUGAGAUCAGUUUAUUACCGACCGAUAUAAAAAUGUCUCUGUCUUAGUGUGAAUAUUCGGGUGUAUUAAAGUGUUGUGUAGAUUUGGUCGGUAAUUAACUUCUGUUUGGCUAAUCGUUUGGCAUCUAGCAGGAAAGUCAGGGCUGGUGGCGUAGGCUUUGUUUGUAUAUAUCGUGUCCACCCUCGUAAUCAUGCUGAGGACCCAACGACUCGACGAAAAGAACUUCUAUAUGAACUGCAGAGCUGCAUAUCUGGCGGUGUUUCGAUCCAGUUUAACAAAUAUUACCUCAAAAGAACAGCUUUGCCUUGUUCUCCAGCAAGCUGGUCACAACCCAUCCCAGAAGACUCUGGAUAAGUACUGGCCACCGAGGACCAGAAAGCUGAAUUUUGAUGAUUUCUAUGAGAUCCUUAAGCAAGAGAAGCCCACAGAGCUGCAGGAGGUGAUGAGAGUCUUUAGAAAACUGGACGUCAGUGGGAGUGGACUUAUCUCACAUGCUGAUCUGGCUAAAAUCCUCACCUCUUCAGGUGAAAAGAUGUCUCAAGGGGAAGUAAAUGCAGUCUUCUCACUGGCAGACGUUAACAGUGAGGGGAAGUUGGAUUAUGAAGGGUUCUGCAGGGUGUGGAGCUCCACAGCAGAGCAGCUACAGACUGCAGCUCUACAGAGGCUGGAAACAGACAGUAGACUGAAAAGACUAAACUUUGGCAGUCAAGCAGACAGCUCAGAAUUACACACAGAAACACUGCUAAAAUCAAAGCCUGACAACACACACAUAAGAGAUGGCCAGUCUUCAUCCCGACCAUCCUCUGCUCGGAGUCGCCGAUCACCCACAACAGCAGCCGUCAGCCUUGGAACCAGCAUGGGAACCAGCGUGACUAAAAGUACCAAACUGCCCGAAGCCAAAAACAUAGAGGAUUGGCAUCAGUCGACAGUGAGAGGCUGUUUCUUUCUGGAGGAGGAUGGAACCAUUGUGUCUCUCCAGUAUCAGUUAUAUCUCCCCCAAACCACCAACGUUCAUCUCAGCAUACAACCCUUCCCUCUCAACCACACAGAUCAGAAGUCGCCUCCAUGGAUGAAUGUGGAUACAGCUCUGUUUGUGGUGGUACACAACAAAACAAAAGAGGAAUCAAACUUAGUGUGUUUCACUGAACACAGAGACAGAGAGAGGUACAUGUGGAGAGGCGAGUUGAGUGCAGGGUCCUAUCUCCUCUUGCCCUUCACCUCUGGCUGCAGACUGAGGAAAAAGACAUCAAAGUCUGUCACAAAGCCUACCAAUCUUGUCCAACGCAACCAAUCAGGAGAGCUUGAGCUGACCAGAGAGUUCAGGGUGGCGCUGUCUGACAUCUUUGAGGUGAUUGAUGUGGAUGGGAACGGCUUGUUGAGUUUACAGGAGUAUAAUUUCUUUGAGCAGCGGACCAGUGGAGAGAAUUGUGAUGAGGAUGCCUGGGCCAUCUGUAAAGAGACCUUUGACACGAGAGGGACGGAGCUGACGAAGCAGGGUUUCCUGGAGCUGAAUCUGAUGGAGGCCAGUGAUCGUGAGGGGGAUUCCUCUGACCUGUGGCUUACGCUAGAGGCCAUGGGAUACAACCACAGCCUAGAGAUGGUGGAGGCGUGUCCGUUUUUGAUCGAUGUACAUUGUGAGGAUGUGGAGCCGGUGGUGCAGGCCGUCAGUUUGGAGACUGGGCUGAAGAUGCUCAACUCUGCAGUGCAGAAAUCCAUCUGCUCCAAAGGAGAGGCACAACUGCUCAAAGGACAUGACAGUGUAUACCUCUACACCUACAGAGGAGACAACAGGAUCUCUACUGUCAUAGCCAACAAGUCGAAUCAGAAAGUGACUGUACACAUAAACAAUGACCAGAGUAGGAACUGCUGCAGCAGUAGAGGAAUGAGUGUGUUUGCCAUGGAGAUACCAGCCAGAACCAAAAUGUUGUGCCAACAUGUGCUACCAGUGAACGAGAGACAAGAAUGGAUGUACAGCUGUGCUGAGAAUGUCAUACCAGCUUCAUAACACCCACCCCCCACGCACGCACGCACGCGGCUAUUCAUUCACAGUGCGUGUGUAGCUGUUUGGUGUUACAGGAAACUGUAACAUUCCCAUUCUUUAAAGCUACAUUUCAUUAGAAACGUUCAGCUUUGUUUAUAAUGGUGGCUGCAUAUCUUGUUAUUGUAUUUUUUUCAGUUUAUGGUGUAUAUGCCAAAUUAAUCCUUGAGUAUAAUAUAAGGAAUCCUCAAAGCUGGCAGAGUAUAUCUGAGGGGAACGGAGGAAUAGUGGAAACUGAUGAUGGAGGAAGGUGCCGGAGAGCACAUUUAACAAAUUUGAUUAGUAAUAAUACAUUAAUAUAUCUGCCUGCUGAGAUUAGGAGAUGACAUCAUCCCCUCAUUAAACGUCUGCUAAAAAAUGUUAAAUCUCUUAAUGGUCAAUUGUUGGGUGGCAGUUGGAGGAGAGACUUUUUA